ACAAAAGAAUAGCGCCCUCUCCCUCUGCUGCGUCCUCUCUUUUGCUCGGAGGCUGCCUACGAUUCUGGUCGUACGAAAGCAAGCCCUCUCCCUUUGUGUCCUCUCUUCUUCUCGGAGGAAUCAAACCGCACAAGUUGCAAGAAAUAUGAGACGUUUGGCAUUCUUUGUUGCCAUUGCUUGAAAGUUUUGGAUGUCCUAGAUAUCAAGUGUAUACCUGAUUCUUAUAUUUUGCGGAGAUGGACACGGGCAGCAAGAAGUAUGGUAGUGGAAGACCAUAAGGGGAAACAAGUUGUUGAAGAUGUGAAUUUAGACUGUACACAACGAUACAGAUAUCUUUCUCCUCAACUUGUGAAGAUAGCAUUACAAGCUUCAAAUUCAGCUGAAGGAUUCGCAUUGGUUAAGAAUGGGAUUAAAGAAUUAUGUCAACAACUUGAAAGUAUCAAUGUGUCUGAUGUUCCAAAGAAUCUUGUCCCUAAUGAGGUCUCUAAUAUAAACAAUGGACUAGUAUUAAAGCAAAAAAAUCCUCUCACUCAAAAAGGUAGUAGAAGGAAGAAGCCUUGGGUAGAAAAACAGGGGAAAAAAAGGAAAAGUGGAGGACCAAGUACUGAGUUAGCUGCAGAAUUUACAAUAAACAAUGUACCAGUGAGUUUCACAGAAGUUCUACAGGGAACAUUUGAUCAAGCUCUUUCUCAGUUUUCUUCCCAAACAUCGGCAUCAUCUAUUCUGCACCAAUACCAGGAAUGGGUUUAAGGACAUUAUUUGUCAUCUUUGAUUGUUGAUUUUGGUUGUUUAUUUUUGGAUAUUGAUUAAGGACAUCUAUUUUGCAUAGAACCAGUUUAGUUUAUUUAUUUAUUUAUUUUUUACUUACCUUUAUAUUGCUUUAGAUUUUGUCUUUUGAAAUCUAACAUUUUUAGAUUGUAGGU